AAAUAUGAAAAGAAGGAGUCUCAAAGACGUAGGCUUAACUAAAGACGAUCAGAAGGGACUAAUCCCUCUAUCCAUCACCAAAAAGGCUAUUUCUCCAAAGAAGCGUGAACCUAGGAUCCGUGGGAAAGCAAUAGAGCUCCUUUCCGACCCCAAAAUCCCCUCACAGAAGAAAAGGACUAGAACGAAGCUGACUAAGUCUAGGAAUGCCAAUCUGAAGGAAUCCCGAACUGAAGGGGAUAAGACCAGAAAGAAGAAGAUAGAAGUUGAAGAAACCAACGAAAGCAAGUUCCAAGCCCAUAAAGAGAAAGAUAAGAGUAAUCCUACUAGGUUACACAGUGGCUUGGAGGAAACUAAGAAGGACAAACAGCUUGUUGACAAUGAAUCUCCGAGAAGGAAUAUUAUUGAAGUCAAGAUGGACUUUGAAUUCCUCAAGAAUCAACAGUCGAAAAGGACAAUAUUUACGAAGAACAGAGGCUCAGCAAGAAGCUUCGAUAUGAACACUGCAGUGGAUAAUUUGAAGGAGUUGUUUAACACAGAAGACGAGAUCCAACGGUCUACGACUCAGUUAUAAAAAUACAGUUAAAAGCUCAAGGACAGAAAGUUACUAUUAAAACAGGCCAGCCUGCUCCACAACUUGUUAAUAAAGAUCCAUCUUUAGAUGAAAAUGAGAGCAAUUCUCCAUUGCUUAAAAAGCCAAAACAAGAAGCAACAUUUCUCCAAGAGGAGCAGAAAUCUCAAAAGUCAGCAGAAAACGUUGAGCAAAAUAAGGCUGAUCAUGCCAGCCAUGACAUGCAGCAGGAUUACUUAGAAGAAGAGAUAAAUCCUGAAUUUAUGAUAAUCAAUCAAAUUUAUGAAAAAGCUCAUCAGAAACAGAAGUUGCCUUAUAAGAAAAUAGCUAACAGGCAAAAGACUAAAUAUUUCAGACUAAUUCCCAAAAAUCCAAUGAUGAGGAGUGAAGCUCAGAAGGUCGAUCCAGGCAUCAUAAUCUCUCCUGAAGAGAAACGAUACAAGAACAAAAUUGAGAAGACUUAUCAAAGAAGGCUUAUUGAUAAAAGAGAAAAGACAAUCAAAAUGCUCAAUGAAAAAGUCAGAGGCAGUAUUGAAAGUCCAAAUAACUACAGCUAUGCUAAGCAGAAUGAGAACCCUAUCUUCAGAAACCUUGGUAUCGGCAUUCGAGACUGUAAGAAUAACAGUGUCCUCAUGAGUCCAAAAGAUAGGGAGGAAAUUGAUAUAAGGCUUAAUAAAAGUGGUGCAAAUUUAGAGACUAAACCUCAAUCUGAAAUAUUCAGAUGCAGAGGAAUUUCUUAUGACUCUGGAGUACCUCUUUCCACUAAAUAUCCAAGUAUUAACUACAAUAGGUUUGGGUAUUUGUAUAAUUUCUCAAAAGAAAAAUCUCUAGAACCUGCUGUGAAUCAAGACAAAAAGAGGAAGAAUCUGACAGAGAAAGUUUCACUAGAUAAUUUUUAUGAAGAGCCUGAUGUGCCUACAAUUCAACAGAUAAUAAAUAAUCCAUGAAUAUUUAACAUAAGAGAUAAGUUGAUGACCGGAAAGCUCUCUGAGAGUAAAAAGCCUCUUCUCACAGCUAGCCAAGAGGAGACAAAGGAAUACCUCAGGGUGAAUUAUGAGGAUGGGCAUAGGAAGAACCAUUCUCUCAGAGGAGAUUCUAAUCAGAAAGGAAUCAAGAAUAUUCUAAUGGAUAGAAACAUUAAAUUACCUGAGAAAAUGCCAGAGAGAUUAAAGGAUAAAUAUCUCCACAAAUUGGUCGGAGAUAAAGACUUUUUCCCCCAACUUGUUCAUAAAAAUGACAAUGAUGAGAGCAGCCAAGAUAACUUUGCAGAUAUCUUCCAAAACAAAGAUAAAUCUAACCGAAGGGGUAAAAAUAUCAAUAGGAAGCUAAACUAUUCUGCUGCUUUUAAGGUAUAUACAAAGAAGCCUGAAAUUAAUCCAAACAUGAAGUUUUUAUAAGGAAUUACAAGGCAGCUCCAAAGACGGCCAUAACC